AUGUCGAUCUGCCUAAAAAAACUUCACGGUCUUGGCCGUGACAUCAAGCUCAUGGACGCGAGUUUUAUGUGGACCGAGCCCCACAGCAAGCGCGUCAAGCUCAAGCUCACAAUCCGCAAAGAGAUUUUGCGCCAUUCGGUGCUGCAGCAGUCGUUUCUAGUGACGUUUGUGAUCGAGAACCUCAAGUGCCCCGACUGCUGCAAAAUGUCCCGCAACGAUACGUGGCAGGCGCUCGUGCAGAUCCGCCAAAAGGUCCACCACCAACGCACGCUCUUGUACCUCGAGCAGAUCAUCCUCGAGCACAACGCGCACGCGCGCAGCAUUGGCCUGGCG